AUGGCCGACUCGCACCCAGGGCCAGUCUCACUGACACGGUAUCGACCUUUCCUCUACCUUUUCACCGGUGCUGCCGCUGCCUUUGCGCUUCUCUAUGUUCACAACAAUGUUCUCUCGCAACCAUCAUCUCCGCUCCGACGUCGCGGUGCUGUGCGCCGCACACGACGAACUGAACCCGAAGAAGUGGGCAUCGUUGAAACCCCGUCAUACCGAGCUAUUACCCACCUUGAACAGCUAGAGCGACAAAAUGGGGUUUAUGGAACGUUUCGCAUUGAGACGGAGGAUGGACGACGUGUGGAAAGUGGCCUCCUUCCAUCAUUACUCGCAACUCGCGACCAACUGAUGGAAGAGGUUGGCGUGCCAUCUGCCCAUGCAGAGCGCAUGCGUGAGAUGAUGGAGGACACAUUCUUGGAGUCCUUUCUCGCGCUGGACUUUCCGUCUGCGCAUAACCUGCCGGAGGGUACCCCCGAACGAACAUACCUGACCGAGCAACUUCAACAUCGCGGGAUCUCCCAUGCCGGUAUCGAGAGGGCUCUGCUUCGCUUCAAUGGAGACGACAACUACGGAGAGGAACUGCGCCGGCGAAGACAGAAUGGAGAGCGGGUUACCCUCUCGACAUCAACAUUUCCAGAUGUCUCGGUACCGCCGCAAACUCAAGAUGGUGGCGAGACCACGAUGGACGAUCAAAGUGUGUUCUCAUGGCGGGACGGGAACAAUGACCCAUCAAACCGAGAAGGUCAGAAUCUACUCAACCUACUUUACCAUAUUGCGGAGGAUCAGGCGCGGAGAGACGGCUACAUUCACCGAGGUGUCACCUGCAACAGCUGCGGCGCGAUGCCUAUUCAAGGUAUCCGGUACCGUUGCGCAAACUGCAUCGAUUAUGAUCUCUGCGAGACGUGCGAGGCGAUGCAAGUGCACAUCAAGACACAUCUGUUCUACAAGGUGCGGAUUCCUGCCCCAUUCCUGGGAAAUCCACGCCAGUCUCAACCAGUAUGGUAUCCCGGAAAACCUACAAUGAUUCCGCGCAGUCUUCCACGAGCUCUUGCGAAACGUCUCAUGAAAGAAACCAACUUCGAAAAUACAGAGCUUGAUGCCCUCUGGGAUCAGUUCCGUUGUCUAGCAAACCAUGAGUGGCCAAAUGACCCUAACAAACUUCAAAUGGCUAUUGAUCGUAAAACCUUCGACCGUUGCUUUGUGCCUAAUACCUCUAUUCGACCGCCCCCGCCCAGUCUCAUUUACGACAGAAUGUUCGCAUUCUACGAUACCAAUGGGGACGACCUCAUUGGAUUCGAAGAGUUCCUUAAAGGGUUGGCUAGUCUUAACAACAAGAGCAACGAUGAGAGACUGCGACGAGUGUUCCGCGGUUAUGACAUUGACGGUGACGGCUACGUUGAACGCAAGGACUUCCUUCGGGUCUUCAGGGCAUACUACGCGCUGAGCCGAGAGCUCACCAGGGAUAUGGUUGCUGGCAUGGAGGAUGACUUCUUGGAAGGCGGAGCUCGUGAUGUGAUCCUCGGUAGUCAACCUAUCAGUUCUGCAUUCCCUGGUAGUAUCCCCUCGGGUGAGCGCUCACGUGUUGGCGAAGGGAAAGAGGCGAACUCCUUUGGCGAUAUGGAAAUUGUCGACAAUGGGGGAAUACUGCAGCGCGAUGGGGACGAUACCGGUGAUCGUCAUUCGGUUGUGGGUGAUGCCGCUGUCCGGUCACAAUUUGGCCGAGUACGACCAUUGUUCCCAUCUACCCUUCGUCUACCGCCUGAUGAUGCUACAACCCGCACUGCCAAUACAGGAGAAGGCGGAGCAAACCACGAGGAAAGUGACGAUGACGACGAUAGCGAUACCAGCGGGUCAGACCAAUCCAGCUCAUCAGUAGCUAGCACAUGGCCUCCAGCGGAACACAUACUCGAAGAGGAUAUCAUCGAGGCCCUAGGCCAUUACAUCCCUCCCCAGGAUAUUACGGACCCCCUGGAUCGUGCUCGUGUCGCGGAUGCGGUUUAUCAGAGAAUGCGCGAAGACGACCAGAGACGGGUGUUUGACGCUCGUCAGCGCGGAAUCGAUGAUCGCUGGCGGCGUCGGGCUUUCUACACAGACGAGGAGGAUGGCGCCACUGUUCCUGAUGGGUUUGAGACGGACCCCGCCAUUGACGACUACAGCGAUGAGGACGACCUGGAUGAUCAUGAAUCCCACCCACCUUCCCCUCGCUCGCGGUCCUCGUCUAAGGUGCGGUUCCAGGAUGAUUUGACCGACGACUACGACACUCGCUCCAACCCAUCGACCUCGUCGCGCAGCAUUCCUGUUGGCGAGCGAUGGGGUGGCUUUGAAAUCCCUGAAGUCGAAAAGGAUGUUGGGAAGGAGAUUCUCUAUCAAGUCACGCAGCAAGGAUUCAAUGAGCUUCUUGACAUUCUUUUCAAGCCCAGGGAAGAUCUUCUGAUGGAAGUUCAUCGCACGCGGGCCGAUCAGGUCCCAAGCGAGGAGCGUCUUGAGGAAAUCACCACUGAGAGGCCCCUCGACGAUCUACUUCAGCGAGCCGGUUACUCGGUGCAAAGCCCGGUUCUUGCCGCCAGCACACGACCAGUGUUGGCUCCACCGUCUCCUGGGGCCACGGUCUCGGACGAUGAGGACGGUAGCGAUAGCGGUACAGACGACAACGACGAUGUGAGGCCAACACAUCUUGCUGAACCCGAAAACAAUGACGAAAUUGGACAAGAUCGACCAUUCGAAGACUCGGACGCUGCCUCUGCCACCUCAUCGGAUUCUGAGGACGAUAUCGCCCCAUCACAGGCAUCUACCGCAGAACCAUCCGUGGAUGAAGACACGACCUCUCACUACGAUCCAACUCUCCCACAAUAUCGCCCAAACUCCCCACCAUCCCUCUCUGUCCCUGCCGAUCCAUCCACGGUGGCUUUGGAAGAAGUUUAUGAAACAGACUCCGAUACAGAAAACUUACCGUCAACGAGCCCACAUUCCGAUCUCCCUGCUCGACUUCGGCUCUCGCCCAGAACCACCUCUCUUCCCGCUCCUUCCUCCCCUCACUCCUCUCCCGAAGCCGAGGCCACAGCGCCCAAGCUUCCCCCUUCUCCUAUGCAACCACUCCCACCUCCUCAUCGUAUCGAGGACCAGACCCAUCGGACUACUGCCCGGCGACGACCUUCCAUGAAGACCUUGGCUCGUUGGUCCUUCCUGAACCACCUCGAAAAUGAGACAAAAGAACGGGGUGGUCAUGGUGCAAAACUCAACUUCGAGGAGUUUUCGCGCCGCAUGGCUGCUGAUCGGGGUCGACGGCUAGCUUUUGUGGCUAGUUGGAUUGAGAUGGCUAGCUUCUAA